UAUAUGGAUUCAUUAGAAAGAAACCAUCUAUGCCUUGUAAAUUGUUUCCUUUGAACUCAUUCACUCUGACGGUACUGGCAGUAGCUACAAAAAUCCCACUUGAUCUGACCACAUCUAUGCCUAGAGCUGAGGAUCAACUCUCCAAGCUCACGGGCACAGCAUUGUUGUGCACCUCACUCGGGUUUUAUAUGCCCUCGUUGGGAACUAUGGGCACAUCCGAACGCUUUGGCAAUAUGGCAGCAUUGAGCGUGACGGUGAUUACUAUGGUUGUUAACGUGUGUGUACAAAUGGGCACGGGUGUGAUCUAUGCUUUUACAGUAGAACACAUUAUUAUCUUGGUCUGCACCUUAUUAUUGCUUUUGUUCAUGUGGUCAUCUGCUAUAGCGUUUAGAGGCCAAAGAGAGCCUUGGGGACUUUUUCCAAGAUCUGGAAUGUCGGAAGACACAGAAAGUGCAAAAAAGGGUGUAGAGGGAUUGAAAAAACUAUUAGUGAAGGUCCAUGUUAUCAAUUAUACAAGAAACCCUCAGACAUUGUUAUGUGAAACUCCACAUCAUCACGUUUUUGGGUUACUAUGUGGCCUUUCUUCAGCAGUUGUGAUAGAAGCCAUGUUGAGGUCAUUUGCCCUUAAAAAUAUGAGUAGGACAUAUUGCAAUAAUAGUGGUGUUUCUGACUAUGGUUGGUCGAUUCCCAUCAUGAUUGUGGUCCAAUUACUAACCAUUGCAGUGGGAACUUUUUCCAUCAUCUAUAGAUGGUUUUCUUUUUUCAAUCACACUGAAAGGGUUGAUGUGGAUGCAUAUACAUAUUUCUUUAAUCCAGAACGAGAAUUAGAAUAUCUGAAGUGGAAGACCUUACCUUUUAGGCUCCUCAGCAAUAGAAGAAAACUCUUUCAUGCCAAAAACUUUAUCAUGGAUGUGCUUAUGGGCCUCCAAAUCGUGUUGUUCUGUUGCAGCGUGUCGUUCGUAGGGAUCCCAAUGUACAGUGUCAAGAGAAUCUUCUUCCAUGAUCAGCAUGAUAAGGAUGAUAUUCAAAAAAUGUUAGAACAAAUGUCGAUUUCAUACAUGUCUAAAGAAAUAUUGGACUUUGCAUUAUCAUGUGGAUGUGGGAUCACUUUCAAAAAAUGGAUAGUUGAAAUGGGGAUGGAAGACAUGCUGAGAUGGAGAAAUACACAUAAGAGGGACAGUCCGACUCAGCUCAUCCAAUUAAUAUCUAAUAAAUGUCCUGCUUCUGCAUCUGCUUCUGCUUCUGCAUCUGCUUCUGCUUCUGCUUCUGCUUCUGCUUCUGCUUCUAAAUCAGAAUGUUUCCUCUUCAUAAGAAAAUUAGAAGCUAUUGGGAAAGAAUUUUUAAAGAGGGAGGAAGCUACUGACUACAAGUACAGAGUUUCGUGCGUAUCAGUGUUGGUCCUUUCAGGAAUGUUUGCAGAAUUGAUGCCACCGCCAUCUUCUUCUUCUUCUUCUUCUUCCCGUAUUAGUAGGGAAUCUAUAUUGCAGAUCUUAAACAAGUCAUUUGAAAUGAUUUAUUACAUCGACCAGAGGACCACCGAUACUCCCAGCGUGCACGAUAAAACAAGAUGGACAGCAGCAAAGGAUGUAUGGGUACAAUGGGAGAAUCCCCACCAUUGGUUCCGAACUAAGAUCAUCUCACCUCUAUUCAAGAAGGAAUCCAAGGAAUAUUCUGAGUUAGAUCAGCUACAUCAUGCCCUUAGGGAUGCCUAUGAAGUUAUAAACCAAUCCGUUUCUUUUGGGCAAAUAAUAUAUGGUUCGUCAUUGGCUGAAAGGCGCGAUGCUCUGGUUGAAAUUGAAUUUGCAAUCAUUUGUGAAUUCAUACUACAAGAGCAGAGCAGAGGCUCUAGUUUACUUGACUUCUUAGAAAAGUGUUUUGCAGAGAUGCUCUAUUUUUUCCUCUCUGGCCUCCCACGGGCCAUACUGAAGGAGAUCGAUGUAGAUGAUCCAACUGAAAUAGGUGAAGAAAGAGUGAAAAAAGCCUUCAAAUUCUUUUGUAAACUUGAGCAAUUAGAUAAGACAAUCGAAUGGUCAUGGCCAGCUGAGAAAUUUGAACCUGAAAGUCAAGCAAAUGAUGUUGUCCACUCUAAUUCUUCUCUUGUAGUUGUGGCUCCUGAUUGUAUUUAUUCAGAAGUUGAGGCACCUAACGUAUCAAACGCCGUUGUCGUUGAUAGAAAGGUUGGCAAUAGUGAUGUUUCCCUUGCUGUUGUUGCUGCUACUUGUGCUGCAGAGGAAGAUGAAGAAGACGACGAUGAUGAUGAUGAAAUUAAAGAAAUUGGGUCUGACGAGAUUGUUUGAAUGACAAUGUAUGAUGUGCAGAGGAGUCAGAGAUCAAAGGUAUACUGGAAGGAUUGGAUUACAAAUUGCUCAAGAACAAGGAUGGGAAGAUAUUAGUCUGGACUGACUAUGAGGAGGUGGCAGAAUGAAUGAGGGAUGGAGGGAAAUCUUCUUGGCAUUGGGAUUUAUUUGUGUUAUUGUAUGACGUUUAUAUAUUAUCUCUGUUUUUUUUUUUUCUUUAGGGGUAGAAAUAACUUAUCUCUGUACUUAAGUCUUUUAGUUUGCUGAGGAACAUGGUUCCAUGUGGUUUGAGGAACCUGGUUGGUUUUCACAGUUUGCAG